CUCUCCUCUGGCUUUUUCCAGGCUUCAUGUCAUACCACGGCUAAUUCCUGAAAUUCCUGCCCUCCUCUCGCUUCAAACAAACGGCUUUAAGGAAGGAGACGAGGCAGCAGAAAACAAACAAAGGGAGAGAAAAAAAAGAAAAGAAAGAGAAAAGGAGAAGCCUGACUGAGGAGGAGAGUCACUUCAUUCAUUUUCAAAACAAAAAAAAGAAAGUAAGGAGAAAGAAAUUAGAAAUUGCUGCACCUGUGUCGGCCUGUAUCUCCGGGUCCGUCCUCCCACAUCCAGCCUCAUCAGCACCUUCCCACCUGUGGAUUCCAAACAGGCUGAUCCACUCCCUGCAGCCUCCUCCCUCCACAUCCACCCUCAUCUCCCCCAACCCCUGACCCUCCACCCUCCGCUGCUCUGUUGUCCCCUUCCUGAUCUCCCACCACGUCUGCGGAGUGGGCGACGGCUCCCUCCCCCAGGGGCGGGAGUGAGGAGCUGGGGGACGGACUCGACAAACCCUUGGAAAAUGAUGCGGAGGGCGUGUGGAGCCCCGACAUCGAGCAGAGCUUCCAGGAGGCACUGGCCAUCUACCCUCCCUGUGGCCGCAGGAAGAUCAUCCUCUCUGAUGAGGGCAAGAUGUACGGACGAAAUGAGUUGAUUGCACGCUAUAUCAAACUUCGUACGGGGAAGACGAGGACCAGGAAGCAGGUGUCCAGUCACAUCCAAGUCCUGGCCCGACGGAAGGCCAGAGAGAUCCAGGUGAAGCUGAAGGUACGCUACGGAUUCACCGAUGAUGCAAGCUGGCCUCGGCCCUCCGUUUCCCCUUUUAGGGCUCGGCUUGCGUUGCUGGACCAGGCGGCCAAAGACAAGGCCCUGCAGAGUAUGGCCACCAUGUCCUCAGCCCAGAUCAUCUCACCCACGGCCUUCCAGAACAAGAUGGCUCUCCAGGGCCUGGCUAGGUCACCGUAUCCAACUACCGGUGGGUUUUGGCACGGGGCACUUCCAGGACAGCCGGGAGGCCAUGAAGACAUUAAGCCCUUCUCCCAGCAGAGUUACGCCAUGCAAGCGUCCGGCCCGGCCCCCAUAACAGGUUAUGAAAGCACAGCGGGGCUCUCCAUGUCUCCCAGUGGCCCUCCUUGGCAGGGUAGAAGUAUUGCCAGCUCUAAGCUGCGGAUGCUGGAGUUCUCAGCCUUCCUGGAACAACCUCAGGACCCAGAGAAUUUCAACAAGCACCUGUUUGUGCACAUCGGCCAGUCCAACCCGAGCUACAGCGACUCUUAUCUGGAGUCAGUGGAUGUCAGGCAGAUCUUCGACAAGUUUCCUGAGAAGAAAGGAGGCCUGAAGGAGCUGUUUGACAAAGGGCCACACAACGCUUUCUUUCUCGUCAAGUUCUGGGCGGAUCUUAGUGUAAACCUGCAGGAUGACAGCAGCUUCUUCUAUGGCGUGUCCAGCCAGUACGAGAGCUCAGAGAACAUGAUUAUCACCUCAUCCACCAAAGUCUGCUCCUUUGGCAAGCAGGUGGUGGAGAAAGUGGAGACGGAGUACGCACGCUUUGAGAAUGGACGCUACAUGUUUCGAAUCCACCGUUCCCCGUUGUGUGAAUACAUGAUCAACUUCAUUCACAAGCUUAAACACCUGCCAGAGAAGUACAUGAUGAACAGUGUACUGGAGAACUUCACUAUCCUACAGGUGGUGACAAACAGGGACACACUGGAGACCCUGCUGUGCGUAGCCUAUGUCUUUGAGGUGUCCACAAGUGAGCACGGCGCACAGCAUCACAUUUACAGGCUAGUGAAAGACUGACAAAGUCGCACAGUUGGACCUUACCUGAGACAGACCCACUGUAGCACCUCAGUGAGCAACAACACUAAACAAUGGACUAUACUUCCUCCGUGAGCUUACAGAGCUGAAACCUUACAACUCGGUCAGGAGCCCAGAGAAGCGCCGGCUUUUGUCGGCGUGCCCAGCAACACGACCUCUGCUGAGGAAGACGUGGGAUUUGAGACUGUGGAAGCUGAAACAGGAUUUGUGUGAGAAAAGUGACAAGAGCAAAAUAAACAGAAGAGGACCAUGAUACACUGUGGUCUCUGUGCCAGAGGAGCCAAACCUACAGCCAACAAGACCUGCAUGAGAGAGUUGUCAUAGGUGGUGUUUUUCAUCUCAUCGUAUUAGUGCUUGUUUUUUGAUUUUAGAUUCUUUUACACACGUGCAUGUGCAAGAAGGUGUUCUACAGAGGAGUCCGGCUGCCUCAGGAUGCCACCUAGUGACUUAAAUAUGAAUAACAAUGGGGAAAAGAUAUGAAAUUAAACCGAGAAUCCCUCCUUUGCACAUCCAUAAAAACGGCACUGUUGUUUUGGUGCCAAUCUUUUGAGUUAUUUGAGCGUUUGAGUAAUUAUGUACAGUGCCACAUCCAUCUCCUCUACACAGAGUUAUGAAAAGAAGAGGCUAAAAAAAGAUUUAAAAGAGCUAUUGUAUUCACUUUGUUUGAUGUUUAAUGUUCUAUGUUUCUUGUAUUGUCUUACUGUUUUUGAUUGAGAGCUAUCUGACUACAACACAAGGCACAUAAUAACACUGCUAACUUGAACCAGACCUGGAUCUGUAAACUGAAGUCGUCUGUGACUGUAACUUGCCCUGAAGUGUCAGAUAUAAAAUACAAGUGUUUCUUACGUAA